AUGCCAAAGGUAAUCAGCUUUACGCCCGAAUGGCUAUCAAGGCCAAACCCUGUCCACGACAUUUUCACGGGCCCUGAAUUAAAACUACCGCCUUCUAAGCCUACUGUAACCUACGAUGGUGCUGGAGCGAGUAUCAAGAGAAUUACCAAGCCAGGGCCACGUAGGAAUCUUGUUCGCCGCGGAACAGAAAUAUUUGUGGCAAUUGGGAAGGAGAUUCGCUGGACAGAUUUGGCUCGCCAGAAAGAGGCGUGGGAGAAUCUCCAAGAUAUGAAAUACUCAUGGAAAGAAGAUGAACCAAGCACUUACAGUAGCCAGUCUAAAAUUACCAAAUCCCAAGCGUAUAGAACAUUCAAAACUCCCGUCGCUGAAGAUAUUCGACAAUUGAUUAUUUCUCCGAAUGAGAGUUACAUGGCAAUCCUAACUACUCACACUGUCCAUAUCGCCAUCCUACCUGAAUCAGCACAAUUAUGGUCACCCGAUCCCGAUCCCCUGAGGAUGAGUUCAUAUACAUUAGGUCCUACCACUCACGUCACAUCACAAGCAGGAAUUGUUUCAGUUAUUUGGCAUCCCUUAGGAGUAAACGGCUCUUGCGUGCUCACAGUAACAGAAGACGCUAUAGUACGUGUAUGGGAGUUAAGUAUUGGCAAUCAUGGCACUUUUGAUAGACCGACACUAGGAAUAGAUUUAAAAAAACUGGUAGAUGGAACAACUAUUGACCAAGACUUUCGGGCAACGGAAUCAAGUGUUAGCAAAACAUUCUCGCCUGACUCAUUUGAAAUGGAGGUUGCGUCUGCUUGUUUCGCAGGGAAAGAUUGCGGAGGAUGGUCACCCAUGACAUUGUGGAUUGCAAUGAGAGCGGGUGAUGUUUAUGCUCUCUGCCCUCUGCUCCCAACAAAGUGGUCGCCUCCUGCAUCGCUAAUAUUUUCUAUAUCCGAAUCUAUUGCGGCUAAAAUAGCUGCUAGUGAAGACGAUCCGCUGAUAUCGCAAAGAGAAAAAGCAAUCUUCCAACAACAACUGGUUUGGAUAACAGAAAUUGAUGAGCAGGAAAACUUCAAACCCGAAAAUGUAACUGAAGAAUCAACAGAAAUAAUCUUAAAUAGACCAUCGAAACCUGGAAAAAUUCCGAGGCUUCAAGGACCAUUUGAGAUAGAACUUGCUCCCGAGGAUACUUCAGAUGAAAUUGAUGAGCUUCUAAGCGAUAUCCUCGUCAUUGGUUGUCAUGGUAGUCAUGAAGAAUCGGGGUACACAUACCAUCAGAACACAGAGAAUGAUUUUGAUAAUCUAUCUGUCAAUGUUGUUUGUCUGUUAUCAAGUAGUGGUCGUCUCUCAGUCUGCUUAGAUCUUGACGGAGUCGAAGCUGAAUGGCUUCCGAAGUCGGUAUCCGAGAUGAUGGACCCCUUGGAAGAAGAUGAAAUUCCAUCACUUCUAACAUUUGAAGCUAUGGACAUGCUGAUGGAAGCCGAAAUCUGGCAUGGGGACUGGCCUGUUUUCAGUCUUGAUGUUACGUCUCGUUAUUCUCUAUUCGUCACAAGUGCUUCAACUGUCAGUUUUGUUGACCUUUCUCCAUGGGUAUCCCGGCUUGAAGCCGAAUUUGAAGAUUCAUCAGCAGGCUCAGACUUUCGCAUAAAUAUCUUAGCAAAGAAUAGAGGAUCAAUAAGAGAAAGGCUUUAUUCGCAGAAACCUAUCAGUAGAUCAUUACCGCUCAGUGCUAGUGUUUUAAUACGAACGCCUGACCUCGGAUAUUUCCUUCUCACAACCUCUCCUCACGGACCUACAAGUUUAAUUUUCGAGGAACCCGAAUCAAGUCUCGAAAUCUCAAGACCAGCAUCACAAUCACUAGAUUAUGUAUUCAAGCCGCAAAGGCCUCAAAUAAUUUGUGAACCACGACCGGUAUAUGUGCCUUCUCAUUCGCUGGAGAAAAGUCACAAACUCCCAGAAUUUCUUGACAGGCUAAACCGCAGCAGGUUUAAGCGAUUACUAAAGGAAGAGGUCCGCUUAUCACCCGCAACGCUUUGUGUCAUGACCGAAGCGCACAAAGUCCUGAGCGACGAGACAUAUCGAAUCGGGACUGGAGCCGCAGAGCUUUUUAGACGAUGCGAACGUCUUCAAAUUGAUUUACUUAGCCAUAUCAAGAAAGCAAAUGAAGUAGCAUCACGAGUUGAUUCAGUCGUUGGUGUGGAUCACGCCAAUGGGACCUUCAAGAGCAGAACAGAAGCAAUAGCAGAGCGCUUCGACACUGUGAAAUUCAGGCAAAAAGAGCUUGCUGAUAGAACUGAAAAACUUCGACAGAAAAUGGCCCGGAGCAUGAGCCAGCCUUUGAGCGAAAGAGAGAAAUCAUGGAUCGAAGAAGUUAAUAAGAUCGAGAAUAAAGUUCUAGGCCCCGAAGAGCGCCAAGAACAAAGAGCAAAAGAGCCCUGGGCUCGAUACGAAAAUAUCUCUUAUCUGGCCAAGACACUUGUUCAGCAAGUCGCAGAUCUGACAGAUCAUCAGGAAAAGCCGGUACCACAAUUCAGGGUGCCUGCUGAUAUCAAGAAGCAAAAGCUGAGGCUUGUUCAGUCAGCGCUAGAUCGUGAGACAGCGCUCGUAGAGGCAACACGAGAGAGGCUACACCGCUUAACGGCAAAUCCAUGA